AUGACGGACCACAUCUCCAACACUCCCAGCUUCGGCCGCAACAAGGGCUCCAAGGGCAAGGACGGCUCGGACGCCGAGAACAGCCAGCCCCCCAACCCUUGGCCGGUGAACGACAACACGAUGCUCGGCGAGACGAGCGAUGAGCUGAACGACGCCCGGCUGAAGCAGAUCGCGGCGCAGGGCAGCGCUCACUUCCACCGUCUGGGAUGGAAGCGCCUGGCGAUCGUAACCAUCGUCGAGGCCGUCGCCCUGGGUGCCCUCAGCUUGCCCUCGGCCUACCACACGCUCGGCAUGUUCCCCGGUGUUUUUCUCACCAUCACCAUCGGCAUGCUCUCCAUCUUCACCAGUUACCUCGUUGGCCGCGUCAAGCUGGCCCACCCCCACGUCGCCAACUACGCCGAGGCUGGAAGGCUCCUGUUCGGCCGGUACGGACGCAUCGGAUACGAAAUCUUCGGAGCUGCCCUCGUCCUCGAGCUCGUCAUGGUUGUGGGAUCGCACGCCCUCACCGGCAGCAUUGCGCUGCUCGACAUCAACGGCGGCCACGUCUGCUCCAUCGUCUUCUCGGCGGUGUCGGCCAUCAUCCUCCUCAUCCUCGCCAUCCCGCCCUCGUUCACCGAGGUCGCCAUCCUCGGUUACAUCGACUUCGUCUCCAUCGUUGCUGCUAUUGGAAUCACCAUCAUCGCCACUGGGAUCCAGGCUAACAAGGGCCCCGGUGGUCUUUCGGGCGUCGAAUGGUCUGCUUGGCCCAGGGAGGGGGUUUCCUUCUCUGAGGCCUUUGUUGCCGUUAGCAACAUCAUCUUCGCCUUCAGCUUUGCCAUUGGUCAAUUCUCCUUCAUGGACGAAAUGCAUACGCCUACCGAUUACAUGAAGUCCAUCUGGGCAUCCGGCGUGAUCCAGAUCUCCAUUUACACCAUCACUGGCGCCCUCUGCUACGCUUUCAUCGGUCCCUCGGUUCAGUCUCCGGCUCUUCUCUCUGCCGGACCGCUCAUUUCGAAGAUUGCCUUUGGAGUCGCCCUCCCUGUCAUUUUCAUCUCCGGUUCGAUCAACUCAACUGUUGCCCUCCGUUACAUCCACGGUCGCAUGUACAAGAACUCGCAUCUCAAGUACAUCAACACUCCUAUGGGCUGGGCCAGCUGGAUCAUCCUGGUGGUUAUCUUCACUAUCAUCGCCUGGGUGAUUGCCGAGGCCAUUCCCAUCUUCUCGGACCUGCUUUCGCUGGCUUCUGCUCUGUUCGUUUCCGGAUUCUCGUUCUACAUCCCUGGCAUCAUGUGGUUCGCGAUCCUCUGCAAGGGCAAGUGGUUCGCCCGCGAGAACAUCCUCAUCAGCCUUGGAAGCAUUCUGGCCUUCAUCGUCGGUGUUGUGACUUUGGUUGCUGGCACUUACUCGACCAUUGUCGACAUCAUCAACGAGACAAACUCGGGCAGUGCUCACAAGCCAUUCGCAUGCCGAUCGUCUUAG